AUGAACCGCUGUAUUAUCUUGCUCCUCGGAGCCCUUCUCUUGGUACAAGGACUUCAUAUUCACAAGAAGCAACCGAAGUUGAGAACAAUCUCACUGAAGAAGCAGCCGACUCUUCGCGAGACUCUUCUCCAAGCCGGGACCUUCGAGACUUUCGCUAGACACCGUCAUGGAUAUCAGAAGAAGUUCCUUAAGCAUCAUGGAAACCACCAUUUCGACAAGUACAACGGUGUGAAGCCACUUGGAGAGAUUGAUGAGCUCCUUAGAAAUUAUAUGGAUGCUCAGUACUUCGGAACUAUCUCUAUUGGAACUCCAGGACAAAACUUCACUGUGAUCUUUGACACUGGAUCAUCUAACCUCUGGGUUCCAUCCAAGAAAUGUCCAUUCUACGACAUCGCAUGCAUGCUUCAUCAUCGCUACGACUCAAAGUCCUCUUCAACCUACAAGGAGGAUGGAAGAAAGAUGGCAAUUCAAUAUGGAACCGGAUCCAUGAAAGGAUUCAUUUCCAAGGAUAGCGUCUGUGUCGCCGGAAUCUGUGCUGAAGACCAACCAUUCGCUGAAGCAACCAGCGAACCAGGAAUCACAUUUGUUGCUGCCAAAUUCGAUGGAAUUCUUGGAAUGGCCUAUCCAGAGAUCGCAGUGCUUGGUGUUCAACCAGUUUUCAACACUCUCUUUGAGCAGAAAAAGGUUCCAUCAAACGUUUUCUCUUUCUGGCUCAACCGCAACCCUGACUCAGAGCUUGGAGGAGAAAUCACUUUUGGAGGAAUCGACGCCAGAAGAUAUGUGGAGCCAAUCACCUACACCCCAGUCACUAGAAAAGGAUACUGGCAAUUCAAGAUGGACAAGGUUGUUGGAUCCGGAGUUCUCGGAUGCUCCAAUGGAUGUCAAGCUAUUGCUGAUACAGGAACUUCCCUGAUCGCCGGACCAAAGGCUCAAAUCGAGGCUAUCCAGAACUUUAUUGGAGCCGAGCCACUCAUCAAGGGAGAGUAUAUGAUCAGCUGUGACAAGGUUCCAACUCUUCCACCAGUUUCCUUUGUCAUCGGAGGACAAGAAUUCAGCUUGAAGGGAGAAGACUAUGUUCUCAAGGUUUCUCAAGGAGGAAAGACUAUUUGCCUGUCUGGAUUCAUGGGUAUCGACCUUCCAGAACGAGUUGGAGAGCUCUGGAUUCUUGGAGACGUCUUCAUCGGAAGAUACUACACCGUCUUCGAUUUCGACCAAAACCGUGUUGGAUUCGCCCAAGCCAAGACUGCCGACGGCCAUCCAGUCGAUCCAGCUCCACGCAAAUACCGCUCGGUUUUCGACGACGAGGAGAGCGAGGAAUCCUCCGAGCAAGACGAUCAAUAA